AACCUUAUCAUAGAUUCUUGUUGCAUAGUAUUGUUUGAUUGCAAAACUGUUGACAAAACACAAAUCAUAAAAAAGCAGGUGUGUUAUUCUUGAGAACAAUUCGAGAAAAAUGUCCUUUUAUUGGAAUAAAAUUUGUCUGGUUUGUUGGAUCUACGUUGCAUUGAUACUGAAUUUGGAUAGAGAAGUGAUUGGGAUGCCAUGUCUUUUGUCGUUUGAAUUAAUACGAAAGGUAAACCAAUGUCCAAGAAAUAAAGAUGAAUGGAAUGUCAGAGCAGACAUGUUUAACUGUUCAUCAAUUAACCAGACAUGUGUGCAGACAGAUAUGUUUCAAUAUCAUUGUGUUUUGAAUUCGAAUGGAACAGAGCUGUUGGAAACAUGUGCCCCCAUUAAAUAUAUUUACGGUCAAAAUUGCGCGGAAUUUGACGCUAAAGGCAAGAUAAUACAAGAAAGUUCAAAGAACUGCAGCAACGCAUCCGUUCCUUGUCCAAAGGUUUAUAAAUCAACAGACGCUUACAGAUAUCAAUCAUGUUAUGACGAAGUUCAAAAGAAAAAAGAAAAAAAUGAAGCAGUGAAUUGCAAAUUCGAUUCAUUGGAUACUAGCACGACUUUGAUUACCAUUAUUGUGGUUUUGAAUAUCAUCCUGUAUUCAUUUGCUUGGCUUAUUUUAUAUUUUUGUAAAAGGUAUACAAACACUUUAAUGCAUUGUAAAUUACGAGAAUCUAAAUCUCCAAGAAAUCUCUCUACCCGUUCGACUAGUGACCCCGAUGGUAGCGAAAUUGUUGAAUUGAAACGUGGGAUAUAAUUAUUCAGUAGCUUAAAG